AUGCUGGGAGAAGGCUGUGGAGACCCCCAGGAAAAGCCACUGGUGACCUGGGGCUCAGGGCCCAGAAGCACUGGGCUUGAUGCAGGUAAAGACACAGCUGGCCAGCCACCCGUGACCCUGCCGCCCACACCCAAUGCAAGCUGGCUGGGCGAGGGGUUCGAAAGCCCCUGGUCAGAGAGGUCACCGUGUGUGGUUGGUAUCAUCCCUGUCAUCUACUACAGUGUCCUGCUGAGCGUGGGGCUGCCUGUCAACCUCCUGAGCACAGUGGCCCUGGCCCGUCUUGCCACCAGGACCAGGAAGCCCUCCUACUACUACCUUCUGGCGCUCACGGUCUCGGACAUCGUCAUCCAGGUGGUCAUCGUGUUCAUGGGCUUCCUCCUGCAGGGUGCCGUGCUGGCCCGACAGGUCCCCCAGGCUGUGGUGCGCACAGCCAACGUCCUAGAGUUUGCUGCCAACCACGCCUCCGUGUGGAUCGCCGUCCUACUCACAGUUGACCGCUACAAAGCCCUGUGCCACCCUCUGCACCACCGGGCCACCUCGUCCCCUGGCCAGACCCGCCAGGCCAUUGCUGCUGUCCUCAGCGUGGCUCUGCUGACCGGUGUCCCUUUCUAUUGGUGGCUGGAUGUGUGGAGGGAUGCAGACCUGCCCAGCGUGUUGGACGAGGUCCUCAAGUGGGCGCACUGCCUCAUCGUCUACUUCAUCCCUUGUGGCAUCUUCCUGGUCACCAACUCAGCCAUCAUCUUCCGACUACGAAAGAAGGGCUGGAGCGGGCUGCAGCCUCGGGUGGGUAAGAGCACAGCCGUCCUCCUGUGUGUCACCUCACUCUUCACCCUCCUUUGGGCCCCGCGGAUCUUUGUCAUGCUCUACCACCUGUACGUGGCCCCGGUCCACCGGGACUGGAGGGUGCACCUGGCCUUGGAUGUGGCCAACAUGGUGGCCAUGCUCAACACCGUGGUCAACUUCAGCCUCUACUGCUUGGUCAGCAAGACUUUCCGGGCCACUGUCCAGCAGGUGAUCCACAGCAUGCCCCUGCCCUGCACCCUGAGGUCACGGCUGGAAGGGACAGUGGUAAACCCUGUGCUGCUGAAGCCCUUAGAACUCUCCAGAGGGGCAGAACUGUAGAGGAGGGGCCCAGCCAGGGAGUUUGGGGGGCCUAGGGCCACAUGUCCUCAGGCCCUUGUGAUCGUGCUCCGUAAAUUAUCAGUCCCUGACUUUGUAAUCUUGGCCAGGGGAGAGGCUCCUCCUUCAGGGCUGGCUCCCAGGUAGAGAGAACUCAGUCAGCUCUUAGGUUAUUUUCACCGGCUCUUUCCACUUCCUGGGAAAAGGACAGGGUGCUGCAGGCAUAAGCUGGUGGUAGCCAGCCACUGCUGUGGGCAUUCUGUGAGGGGCAUUCGCUGACACAGGAUCAGGGCUAAUGUUGGUUGGCUGAAUGAAUGAAUGAAUGAAUGAUGAAUGAAUGAAUGAAUAAAGUGAUGGACAGACACCAUCUUCAGCCCAGCUCCUCUCCUGGCA